AUGUUGGAGAAAAUAACUUUUAAUAAAGAUAAAUCUAUUGUAUUAGCUACUUGUGAUAAAAAUAUUAAAGUAUUUGAAUUUAAAUAAGUACAACUGAGAUAAACUCAAAUUCUUAGUGGGCAUAAAAAUAAUGUUGAAGAAAUCUACUCAAUUUAUAUCUGCAAGUCAUGA